AUGGCAGCAGGUGCAUUCGAAAUCACUGACGAGGUCGUCUUUUCAGGCUAUGACGUGAGCAGUGUGGCCGAUAUCCAGCCCGCCCUUUACAGGUCCUUUGGAAACAUUACGCUUCUCUCAUGGAUCAGCCUGUCGUUUGGUCUCGCCGUGUUUGCUGUCCUAUCCAUCUCCCGCAAGAUCAUCGUUAUGAUCAUUAUAACUGGCGCUGCGGUGGCUGGUGCUGCCUCCAAUCUUCCUACCGUCAUUGUUGGAAGAAUCAUUAUCGGCGUAGGUGGUGAUGUCGUUUACCAAGGCAACUUGACACCUGUAGCUUCCUUCUCCACGCCCGAUGAGACACCCCGUCUAUUUGGCCUUCUGAGCGCAGUAUGGGCUAUGGGCCUGGUCAUUGGAGGCCCUAUCGGGUCUGCUCUGGCCUCGGACAAACAAACCACCUGGCGGUGGGCUUUCUACAUGAACCUACCUUGGCUGGAUAGCCCGCCGCUCUUCUUCGCGUUAGCUCGUGGUCACAGUGCUAUGCAGCAAACUGUCCGUCUUCUUCCUUUCGUUCUGGUCUUCAUCGCUGUUGUAAUGCUUGUUGGUGGGUUGCUCCCGGUCCUUGGCCGCUAUAACCUGAUCUACAUCGUUGCAGGUAUUACAACUGUGGCAAACGCGGGGGCCAUGACCGGGACACUAAGCCCCAAUGUCUCCGAAUCGCAGAUACUAUGCCUAGAAGCACUCAUGGUUGUUGGCCUUAGCUGUUCGUUCCAGCACGGUGUGGGUGUCUCGAAUGUGAUAAACAAGAACCCACGCGAUCGCUUCGACAGCGCGAUCGUGUUCAACAUGGCACAGAUGGGUGGUUUUGCAAUUGCUCUGGCGAUUGCAGGGUCGGUGUCUCAAAAUGCAGGAUACAGCCUGCUGACGGACGCCAUUGGGAAUAAAGAGUAG